GAUGCCUGGUCUUAAUAUGGCGACAUAUAUAGACUGUAUAACAUUUGUGGCAAUUUGUUGAACACAUGUCCACUACUGUAUUCAAACAAUUAUUUUAUUAACCAAGUAAUUUUCAUAAAAAUGAGUGUAGAUAAAGAGAAAAGUGAUAAUUUGGAACCAACUAAGUUCAUGGAACCUAAGGAAAGAAAAAAAAGACGUGCAAGCGAAAAUCGUAUGGAGGUGGAAGUAAUCAAUGGCGUAGAAGGUAAAGUGAAAUCACAUACAACUUUCAAAAAAGUUAAAAAUGUACAAGGUGGAGAACAAAGAAAGAUAUCCGUGCCCGCACAUAGGUACACUCCUCUAAAGGAAAAUUGGAUGAAAAUAUUUACACCUAUCGUGGAACAUUUACAAUUACAAAUAAGAUUUAAUUUGAAAUCGCGAAACGUAGAAUUACGUACAUCACCAGAAACUCCUGACAUUGCCAAUUUACAAAAGGGGGCUGAUUUUGUAAAAGCUUUCAUUUAUGGGUUUGAAGUGGAAGAUGCUUUGGCUUUAUUGCGAUUAGAUGACUUGUUUGUGGAAACAUUUGAAAUUCAAGAUGUGAAACCUUUAAAAGGAGAUCAUCUCUCUAGAGCAAUUGGGAGAUUAGCAGGAAAGGGUGGAAGGACCAAGUAUACUAUAGAAAACGUAACAAAGACGAGAAUUGUAUUAGCAGAUCAAAAAAUUCAUGUACUUGGUUCUUUUCAAAAUAUACAAAUAGCACGACGGGCUAUAUGUAAUUUAAUUUUGGGUAGUCCACCUUCCAAAGUCUAUGGACAAUUGAGGAAUGUAGCAAGUAGAAUAUCAGAGCGAUUGUAAAAUAUUUAAAAAAACUGAAUGACUUCGAAUAUAAGACUUGUUAAAUCUGCUAUACAUGUAUACAGAACAUUAGCGUUUAUUUAUAAAUAAAUAAAAUUACUUUUCAAAUGUA